AACUUUUUUGUUUAGGUAAUUCCAAUAAUUUGGUGUCUUAUCCGGAAAUCAAGAGUGGCGUUCACAUAUUGGGCAACAUCAAUAUUAGUAUUGUUACCUCAUCCGGUGAACUGGUCUUGCCACAAUUACAAAUAUUAGACACAUGCAGCGUUAUUGUGUUUCCAUCAUUAAAUCCAGAUCACGAAGAAAUCCAGGUGGAUGGUGACGAAAAUCUUUCCACAACACUAGACAUCAAAACUAACAUCAACAAGGACGGCGUCGAAAUGAUAGGACCUGAUAGUAUUUCCAAUUACUUGGACGUCCUAAACGCUUUGGUGUACAGUAACAAAAAACCAGCAUACUAUCUAAAUCGUGUAUUCAAAGUCACUUGUUCUCAAAUGAAUUCUCAAUUCAAAAGUGCAGAAUUCACACUAACAUUGACAGUAUUGCAUCCCAAGCAGGUUCCAGUGAAUAAUGGUCUUAAAACAACGACAGCACCAAGUACCCUCACGGCCAAUGGUGGUGUAAUGCAAACAAAUGUUGCGGAUGUCAUACAAUACACAGAAAAUAAGGUGUAUGCUCAUGCAAUGACUCAUCAGCAUGAUGCACAAGAACCCAAAUCUCGCAUACAUUCCAUAGCCCAUAAAGCUGAGAGUGCUCAUCCUACAAUGCUGAUAAUUUUAAUAUGCGUAUUUUUAGUCAUACUGUUAGGUGGUGUUUCAAUUGCCCGCCUAAAAAACAAUAGCAAUCAAAAAUUUACUGAUAGACAUCAGCCAUGUCCUAAGAUUGCUGACGAGGCUUUAGUAUGGGAUGAUUCCGCAUUAACUAUAACUAUAAAUCCCAUGCAAAGUGAUGCUGUUUCAGAUGGCAGUUCAGAUUCAGAAAACUCAGAUUCUGAAGAUGAAGAUUUAGCUAAAGGCCGUUUUGCCAAUGUCAGCCAACUAGAGUGGGAUAAUUCCAACAUGUUUACCACGGCCGUAAAUUAAAAUAAAGAUACACUCAUAUACACAACCAGCUUAAAAUAAAGAGUAGAGCUAAAAACAACUUAA